AUGUUGGAAUUACUAGUCAUUAUAUUUGCAGUACUCUCCGCUUCUAAAAAGUGGCAAGCGUACACACCAGAUCACAACCCAAACAAGUUAAAGAUUUAUGAGGAAGGGGCAUGUUACCUUACGAACACGUUCUACUUUGAUAAGUAUGAAAAUGGAAAGUAUUAUGGAAGUACUGGAGGGUGCAGAAUAUUGAGGGAAAGCGAACAGUCGAACCCCACAUACACAUUAACUUCUUUGCCAGAAUAUGCUGCUGUCUUGUACUAUUACGAAAGGAAUAAAUGUGAUUUGGUUGAGGGAAAACCAACUGAAGUUUUGUUAUUGUCAGAGUGUAAAGAAGGUAGAAAGUAUUGGGUAGAAGACAACAUGGUUUAUUUUGGUGACUGUGAAAAACAAAAAAUAUCAGACAAGAAUGAAAUGAAUAAGUGUAUCCACCUUAUCCAAACACAAUCUGAGAUGUACACCUCUUCAGCAAAAAGUUCGUUGUUUUUGCUGAGUUUCCUUUUCUUCGUUUUAUUAAUUUAA